UAAUUUCCCUAAUUCCCCGCGACCUCAUCCUCAUCCCUCACUCACUCUCACUCACUCUCAAUCUCAGAAAUCGCCUCUCUUCUUCAGGGCCGUUACUGCCCAUCGCCGCCGGUUCCUUGUCCUCCAGGCGUCCACAGCGUCUCCCCUCCCCCCCAUCGCGACCUCAAAGCUGUUUACCCAAAUGUCUAUCCUCUCCCAGUCUCUCUCUCUUUUCCCACCCUGCCCCUGCGCCUCGCCGUCGGUUCUUUCCCCCCUCUCUGUUUCUUCUCGCCGUCGGUUCCUUCUCCCCUCUCGGUUCAUUCUCGCUGUCGGUUCAUACUUCAGUCAACCCACGGCAAUUUUGCAGCGCUAUGGUGCACCGGUUUUGCUAACCUCUAAAACAGUCUGCAGACUGACCCUUGCCGGAUUUCCCAGAUUUCAGAACACCACUAAUGGAGACCCUCAAGAAAUUUCUGGUUUAAGGAAAAGGGGGUCUUGCAAAUUGCUUUUACUUUUCAUGAUAUUUCAAAGAGAAAUGGCAGUGGAAUUCCUUACCUCAAAAACUUUAGACGAAUGUCCAAUGAACUGGUUGCUUACCAAGGAUAUCAAUGAUGGAAAAAAACCAUUAGUUUGGGUAUCUUUGUUCUUGUGUGCACAAACCUUUUGGUUGACUAACGCUCAAAUGGCACAUGCAAGUGAAUAUGGCAAACCAAACAUGGUUUAUGAGACUGGGGAGUUGUUUGAGUUGGGAAUCCAGCUAUCAUAUUUGCUGUUAUUGUUAGGUUUCCUUGGGGUUGGGACCUUCUUUGUGAUUCGUCAAGUCCUUGUACGCAGAGAACUUGAUCUUUCAGCUAAAGAAUUGCAGGAGCAGGUAAGAAGUGGUGAUGCCAGUGCAACCGAGUAUUUUGAACUAGGUGCAGUGAUGCUGAGGAGGAAAUUUUAUCCAGCUGCUACUAAAUAUUUGCUUCAGGCAAUUGAGAAAUGGGAUGGAGAUGAUCAAGAUCUUGCCCAGGUUUACAAUGCGCUUGGCGUCAGUUAUAUCCGUGAUGGAAAAUCCGACAAGGGAAUCAGUCAAUUCGAGACGGCUGUGAGGCUUCAACCAGGCUAUGUCACAGCUUGGAACAACCUUGGCGAUGCCUAUGAGAAGAAGAAAGACUACAAGUCCGCUCUCAAGGCAUUUGAAGAAGUGCUUCUUUUCGACCCUAACAAUAAGGUGGCACGACCCCGACGAGAUGCCCUAAAGGAACGUGCUAAAAUGUAUAAAGGAGUCGUCGUAAAAUCGGAGGAGAGAUGAUUUCAGGCUGCUUGUAUUAAUGCUUACUAUGAUCUAUUUCUAACGAGGAUAUACAUUUAUCCAGAACUUUGGAUCGAAAGUGAGCAGAUGUUCCAUGGGUUGCUGUGGAUUUUACUUAUCAGAGGCCUGAAAUAAUCCCCAAUUUGUUUUCUGUAACACCUAAGAAGAGUAUCUGUUUUUCAUAGCACUUGAAUCAGAUCUUUCGGAAUUUUAUGAUGUUUUUGACAUGAUGCCAUUAUAUAUUUUUGUUUGAUUGUAA